CACCCGGUUCUUUUGAUCCGUGUUUGACGAAUGAAUUUGCUAAUCUCGGUAGUUACGAAUAGUUACGAUAAGGGUAACUACUCUUUAAACAUAAUUAAGUAAUUUAGUUAUCUAUCUACUUCACUGGGUAAAACAACAUUGCUAGCAGAUCCUAAAGUAAAGUAGAUGUUAUCAUUCUUCACAAUGAACUUUUGGCAGUUGGUUGUGUUCAUAAGUUCCCUGUCACCGUUGGGGCGGGCUGCCUCAGGCAACCUGACGUUCCCCCCUGGGUUCAGGUGGGGCGCCGCCACCGCCGCCUACCAGGUCGAGGGCGCCUGGAACCAGAGUGAUAAAUCACCAAGCAUAUGGGACAAGGUGGUCCAUGAGUACAACCACCUAAUGCAGGACCGCAGCGAUGGCGACGUGGCCUGCGACUCCUACCACCUCUGGAAGAGAGACAUACAAAUGGCAAAGGAGCUAGGCCUUGACUUUUACAGAUUUUCCAUAGCCUGGACUCGCCUGGUACCAAAUGGCUUCUCGAACGCAAUCAGCGAAGAUGGCAAGAAUUAUUACAAUAAUCUCAUCGACGGCCUCUUGGCACACGGCAUCCAACCCAUGCCCACGUUGUACCACUGGGACUUGCCGCAAAGAUUGCAAGAUUUAGGUGGCUGGACCAACCCCCUGGUAGCCGACUGGUUUGCAGACUACGCACGCGUGGCCUUCUCCCUCUUCGGAGACCGCGUGCAGUACUGGAUCACCAUCAACGAGCCCACCAUGGUCUGCGAGCUGGGCUACGGCCUCGGCCUAGUCGCCCCCUUGAUCAAGGAGCCUGAAGUGGGGAAAUACAUGUGUAUUAAGAAUAUAAUGAUGGCCCACGCUAAGGCUUACAGGGUCUAUGAGAGGGAGUUCAAACAUUUGUUUAAUGGAAAGCUGUCGUUAGCAAACCAUUACGUCUGGUAUGAGGGUGAAACAGAUUCUGAUGGCAUAGCUGCAGAGUUGACAAGGCAAUUUCAGUAUGGCCUGUACCUGCAUGCGGUAUACUCCAAGGAGGGCGGUUGGCCGCCCGCGGUGGAGCAGCACAUCGCAGAGAACAGCCGGAGGGAGGGGUACAACUCCUCCAGACUUCCUGGUUUUACGCAGGAAGAGAAGAACUUGGCUAGAGGCACCUCGGACUACAUAGCGGUGAACCACUACAGCAGCCGCGCGGUCCGCCAGCACCGGGCGAGGGUCCCCGCGGCUCAGUCCAGCCCGUUCAGCGGCAACUUCGAGUUCAAUGUCACGUAUGAGGGCCGGCCUGAGUGGAAGAAAGGAAGGUCCUUCUGGUUCUUGAUAAACCCCGCUGGUCUCCGCAACGUGCUCUCCUGGCUGAAGACCAGGUACGGAGACCACGAGGUCGUCAUCACCGAGAACGGAUACUCCGACGUGCCGGAUGUCGUCAACGAUGACGUCAGGAUCAACUACUUCAGGGAAUAUUUAACGCAGGUGCAUCAAGCAAUAACGGAAGAUGGAGUGAAUGUGACCGGCUACACGGCUUGGUCCCUCAUGGAUAACUUCGAAUGGGUGGAAGGAUACAAGAGCACCUUCGGCCUAUACCAGGUGGACUUCAGCCGGGCGGACCGCCCGCGCACGCCGCGCAAGUCCGCGCGCUACUACGCCAGCGUCGCGCGAGCCAACUCGCUGGACGUGCCAGAGCCUCAAGAUGUUAUUAUGAUUAACGGUGCCUCCCAGAUGUGGACCUCUUCCACGCGAAUCUUCGUACUGCUGAUGGCAUUGCUCACCUUCCGAAAUACCUAACACCAAAAAAAUUAUUAUUUACCUACUUAGGUACUUUAGAAUAAGAAUCACCCCAAUGAUUUACAUAGUAAGGUAGGUACUUAGCUACUUAUAAGUAAGUAGUAUAUUUGAUUUGUAUAGGCCUAUGGUGGUCAUAAAUAUAAUCAAUUUAAUUUAUUAA